AUGGCGUCUUUACAGAUUGAAGUCGCUUCAUCUUCUUCACCAUUUGGGUACUCUAAUAUCAGGGAUCAUAAUCGUUCAUCAAACAUCAAAAAAGGCUAUAUUCAUUCCCAUUCACGCAUCAAUGAAGAUGAUGAUUCAUCAUGGCUUCCGGUCCAAGAUUCUAAACCCACCACUGAUGAUUCUUGGUUACCCACUGUUGCCUCAGAAUCCGAUGUUUCGAAUCAUCAGAAAGGACAAAACAAAGAUGCUGAUGAUUCAUGGCUUCCAACAUCAAAUGACGCCAACAACAAGUACUUGAAAAACAACCAUGAAUCAGAUAAUGAUUUUGACUAUUCAUGCAAUAACAAUAGUGGGAUACAGAAGAAACCAAAGAAUGAUCAUUGGGCGUUAGCCCGUGAAGUAGUUUUCUCAUGUGAGCAAAAAAUCCAAAAUGCGGAUCUUCUAGAAAAGUCAUCAGAUUCUUCAAAGCGACAUAAUUCUCCUAAAGAGAGAUCUACGGUGGAAUCUCCAUCUUCUGGCGGGGUUUCUUCGCUCCUUCAAAGAUGGAGGGAUUUGGCUGAAGCUAAGAACUCAAACAAAAAUGAUAACAGUUCUCCUCCUAGCAAUCGUAGCAAUUCAGAAUCAACAUGUAAAGAGAAUAAAAACAACAAGUCUUCGAAUAGUCCUCCUUUAAGAGACGGGUUUGCAAAGAAUAAUAAUAACAAUCCUUCUCAAUGUCCUCCAAGAGGCUCUAAUGCUUCUGAUGGUGUUACAGUCGAAAAGAGCAAAGAUUCUGAUACUGAUUGGGAAUCUGAUAAAACAAAUCGUUCCAGGCGCCUUUCAUGUCCGCUUCCUAGUCGAGAUUCUAAGGACUCAAAUAACGUUGAUGCAGAAAAAGAGAAAAUACGGGUGGUGGAUAUCAUCAAGAAGUUAUCAAGAGAGGAGGAACUGGCUGCUUCUUCGUUGAUUGGUGGAGAUGGAAAUGAAUCAUUGCCUCCAAUUCGUACCAGUCGUGUUAAAGUUUCAGGCCAUUUGAUACGAGGUCGACAUGCUUUCAAAGUUUUCCUCAUGCGAACGGAGCACGAUAAGAUUCAAGAGCUCAAGUGGUUGGUAGAACGUAAAGUUGUUUCAAAGUUUCCACAUCGAAGCCGUCUCCAAUCUAUGCUACGUAUUAGAAUGCUACGUCUUGGAGCUGAACCAAAACCAGGAGUCAAAGGACAUAAACGGUGCGUCUCAAAAACACUGGAAUCGAAUAAUCGUUUAGAUAUCAUGGAUCUAAGGGAAAAAUUUAACUCAAGAGUUGAUAAAGGAGAAACAGAUUCAGAGAAACAUAAAAGAAAUGUGAUGAAGAACUCCCCAGAUGAGGAAAUUUAUAUCACCUCCAACCCAACCAAACAGGUGGAUAUCAAGUCUAAGGCCAUGACAAAAAUCAAGACCAAGACCACCACCAUCAACACCAACAUCCAUAGCAAGAAACAAGAAACACAACAAAAACUAGAGCCAAUGACUACAAAAUCGACAAGUUCUUGCAAAAAUCAUCAUGUGAUGCAUAAAGCAAAAGAUGUAGAUACUUAUUCUAACUCCAACAUGGGUAAAGAAGACAUGAUACGUUACAAGGAUGAUGAUAAAGAUAUUUUCCAAGAAGAUGAAGGUCAAUUCAUGUCGGCUAAAACAUCUUAUACUCACAUGGAAGAAAAAGGGAUUAGUGACUCAGAAAAUGACGCUAGUAUGAAGCAAGGGUUAGAAAGCUAUGAGAAUUGGACGAUAAGUGAAAAUUCUCAAACUCGUAGUGACUUUGAUGAAGACGAAUCUUGUGAAAUGCAGUUUGAUACCACCCAUGAUUGGAUAAGUGACAUUUCUCGCCCAAAAAGUGAUUGGGAAGAUAUGAGGCAAGCCAGGUACCAAGAGAUGCUUGAUCCUUUCUCUGGACAUAUAGACAUAAGGAGACUUCUUGAAAGGAAAAAUGUCUCAAGUUUCCUUGCAAGUAGUCUACGUGAAAAAAUAGAUCAACUAAUGAUGAGUCGCAUCCAACAAUCGAAUGUCCAGGUAGGAAAACAAGUAGUAGUAAGAGAGAAAUCUGAGUUGAGGAAGGAAGUCAUGGCCAUUGAGGGAAAAGAAUAUGAACGAGAACAAAAUUGCUCGAUGGUAGAUGAAGAUGGAAGAAUGGAGAGACAGUGUUGUGAAUAUAGUGGAUUUGUACCACCAUACUUAGAACGAUCAUGGAGACCUAAUAUUGAUAUCAAUUCUAGCUCUGAUCCAACAACAUCUCCAUCUUUAGAACAAUCUAUUUCAUCUAAUCGUUCACAUAACAAUGGUACUCCACAAUCCUCUUCUGUCACCCCUCGUCAUCCUUCCAUUGAGUUGGAGCUCAUAUAUGACUUGAGAGGACAUAUGGAGCGACUUCAUCAAGAGAUUACGGAGUUACGUAAAUCAAUAAAUAGUUGUGUUACCAUGCAGAUCAAAAUGCAACAUUCCUUUAAGCAGAAUCUUGAGGUUGCUGCAACAACUCUUCAAAAUAAAGAAGGAAAGCCACCGAGUUUGGGGAAAAAUGAUUGUUGUAUUUGUAAUGACAUGCAAGUUGAUUCGCUUCUCUAUAGAUGUGGACACAUGUGUGCUUGCUUCAAAUGUGCAUUGGAGUUGCAAUGCACCAGUGGGGAAUGCCCGAUUUGUGAAGCCCCAAUUAUGGAUGUUGUGAAGGCAUUUGGUCGUGAUAAUUGA